UUCCAUCUGCAGGUUGGAUGGAUGCAUGAAGAAUAUCAUUACCGUCCCACCUACACCUCCAUGCUUUACACCGGAGACCAAUAAUGAGGCCAAACAAUCAAGCGCUCAAACAUAGAUCCUCACAUGACACAGAGAGGGAAUUUGGAGGAACCCUGGGUGCCUUAUGCAUACCCAUCCUCCUCCCGUUGACGGUGCUGUUCCUGAGCUGUGUGAGUCGGUCCCCUGAUGCCAGCGUGCUCCAGUGGCCCCCUCCUCUUCCCUCCACUGACCAGCUGUGGGACCCUCUGGCUCUGGUGCUUCUGCUGGGAUGGAUCGCUCUGCAUGCCCUCCUCUAUGUGAUGCCAUUAGGAAAGAUGUCUGAAGGAUUAGUGCUGAGGGAUGGAACGCGUCUCAAGUAUCCCAUAAAUGGUUUUCACGGCCUGUGCAUCAGCGGUGUGUUGCUGAUGCUGUUACUGGGGCUCGGGGCUCCUCUGGGGUAUCUGUUUGAGCUGCUGUUGCCUCUGGCUGUGUGUGCAAUAGCAGUGUCAUUCCUGUUCUCCGUCUACCUCUACAUCCGCUCCUUUCUGGUUCCCGCUCGUGCUCUCGCCUUGGGGGGCAACACAGGAAAUCCCCUAUAUGACUUCUUCAUCGGACGGGAGCUAAACCCCCGGAUUGGAAACUUUGACCUUAAAUAUUUCUGUGAGCUCAGACCGGGUCUGAUGGGCUGGGUGGUCAUAAACCUUGGCAUGCUGAUGAAGGAGGUAGAGCUCCGCGGUUCCCCCUCACUCGCCAUGAUACUUGUCAACAGUUUCCAGCUGCUGUAUGUGGCGGAUGCUCUGUGGAACGAGGAGGCUGUUCUGACAACCAUGGACAUUGUGCAUGACGGUUUUGGCUUUAUGUUGGUCUUUGGGGACCUGGCAUGGGUUCCCUUCACAUACGGCCUGCAGGCUGCCUUCCUGGUCGUGCAUCCGCAGGCCCUAAGUUCACUCGGAGCGGCAGCUAUAAUAGCACUGAAUGGUAUUGGAUAUUAUGUUUUCAGAAAAUCCAACUCCCAGAAGAACCAGUUCAGACGAGACCCUACACAUCCAAGUGUUGCAAGACUGGAGACCAUCGCCACAGCAACAGGGAAACGGCUGCUGGUGUCUGGCUGGUGGGGUCUCGUUCGUCAUCCCAAUUACCUCGGUGACCUCCUCAUGGCCCUGGCGUGGUCCCUGCCAUGCGGAUUCUCACAUCUUCUGCCGUACUUCUAUGUCAUAUAUUUCACCGUCUUGCUGAUUCACCGGGAGGCUCGUGAUGAGAGACAGUGUAGGGCCAAAUACGGACUGGCGUGGGACACCUACUGUCGACUUGUCCCCUACAGGAUCUUCCCUUAUAUCUACUAACUAAACUGGAAAGCAGAUGGGUGGAACGGGACCGAAACUGUCUCACAAUAUCCUUGUUGUGACUCUUUAAAUCCACACACACAAACCUAGCAAUAACUUGAAAUGUCAAUCCAUUUUCAGUUACACAGACCACAAAUAAUAUCUGGUGCUGCUACUGGGAAUCUGCAGGGAUCUCACAGUUUGAAUCAGCCUUGAUUCGUUGGACGGAUCGCAAUUUCUUAUUCAUUGAGUUUUUUAACUUUCAAACCUCAGAGCAAUCUGAUACAGGUGAAUCAGUCUCUUGUUCAGCUAAAGCAUUCCAGCAUAAAAGGCUAAAGCUGUAGUACAUCUGAAGACAGUGUGGCCUUGUGAUUCUUGUCUGAGGAAAAUAUGAUCUCAGAAAGAUAACAAAUAAACGCAUUCUGCGCCUUUUUUAAUGAAA